CAGCCGUCAGUCAGAGAGACGCCCCGCCCCCCGGGCUCAGACUGCGGACUACUCCGGGACCAGAACCCAACACUCGCGGAAUAUUAUUGAUUAAUGAUAGCUCAGUGGGUGAUCAGGUGUUGACCAGGUGUUCGAUAGGUGUGAUCGGUUCGUCGGAGGGGAUGUCCCGGCUGCUCGAGAGCAGGAGACAGGACAGGAUGAAGGAAAUCAACCUGAAGAACAAGGAAAAGGUGCGUCUGAAGGAGCGAGAGAAGGAGGCGCGAGAGAGGGAGGCGAGGUACAGCAACGGCCACCUGUUCACCUCCCUGACGGUGUCCUCCACCACGCUGUGCUCCUCCUGCAACCGGAGCAUCACGGCCAAGGAGGCGCUCAGCUGCCCAGCAUGUAACGUCACCAUCCAUAACCGCUGCAGAGACAGUCUGGCCAGCUGUGCCAAGAUGAAGCAACGGCAACAGAAGCUGACGUUGUCGAGGAACAGUUCAGCUCUGCAGAACGUCACCAUGCGCAACAAAACCCCGCUGAUGAAGGAGCGUCCGAGCUCGGCCAUCUACCCCUCAGACAGCCUCCGCCAGUCUCUGCUCGGGUCCCGGCGCGUUCGCUCCGGCCUCUCAUUGGCCAAGAGCGUCUCCACCAAUAACAUCGCAGGGAUGAGUGAGGACUCGGUGGGUCUCAGGAGGAUCCUGUCUCAGUCCACGGAGUCGCUGAACUUCAGGAGCAGGACUUUGUCCUUGGAGUCUCUGACUGACGACGGUGAGUGGUGGUGGAGCCCCCUGCUGGAGGAGCUGCAGGAGGAGGGCAGCUGUGUUCAGGCUGACAGCUGGAGUCUCGUUGUGGAGCCGAACUUCCUGCAGACGCUUCAUAAAGACCUGAUCAAGAAACAGGACGUCAUCUAUGAGUUGAUACAGACGGAGUUCCACCACGUGCGCACGCUGCGCAUCAUGGAGGGCGUGUACCGGCGGGGGAUGCUGGAGGAGGUGAUGAUGGAGGCGGCGGUGGUCCACACCAUCUUCCCCUGUCUGGACCCGCUGCUGGAGUGGCACUCCAACUUCCUGUCGGAGCUGCUGAACAGGAGGAGGGAGGGGCUGGUGGAGGGCAGCGCCAACAACUUCACCGUACGCAGCAUCGGAGACUUGCUGCUCAGACAGUUUUCAGGUCAGUGUGCAGACGACAUGAAGAAACUUUACUCUGAGUUCUGCAGUCGACACCCGAAAGCUGUGAAACUCUACAAAGAAGUUUUGACUCGAGACCGAAAGCUGCAGCCGUUCAUCAGGCGUGCCUGUCGUGGUCCUCUGCUGCGUCGUCAUGGUGUCCAGGAGUGCAUCCUGCUGGUGACGCAGCGAAUCACAAAGUACCCCGUCAUCAUCCAACGGAUCCUCGACAACACCAAAGGCAGUGAAGAGGAGGCGCAGGCGUUGAGACAGGCCCUGCUCCUCCUGAAGGAGCUGAUCAGCUCGGUGGACCAGGAGGUGCUGGAGCUGGACCGGACCAGGAGGCUACAGGAGAUCCAGGCCCGUCUGGACCCCCGGGCCCAGGCGGAUGUCCGGGGAGGAGGAGUCUUCAGAGGCGGAGAGCUGCUGAGGAGACGGCUUCUCUACGAGGGGGCGCUGCUCUGGAAGGUCCAGGGCUCCAGGAUGAAAGAUGUGCAGGUCCUGCUGAUGUCAGACAUCUUGGUUUUCCUUCAGGAGAAAGACCAGAAGUUCACCUUUGCUUCACUGGACAAGUCUCCGGUAGUCUCUCUUAAUAACCUGAUCGUCAGAGACAUAGCCAAUCAGGAGCGAGGGAUGUACCUGAUCAGUGCCUCCACCCCUCCAGAGAUGUACGAACUGCACGCUUCAUCCAAAGACGGCCGACGGACCUGGAUGAGCCGCAUCCAGCAGACUGCUCUCAGUUGUCCGUCCAGAGACGAGUUUCCUCUCAUCGAGACUGAAGACAAAGCUUUACUGCGCAGACUCAAAGCUGACAUCCAGCAGAAGGACAGGGAGGUUCUGGAGCUCCUCCAGGAGCGAGUGACUCUAUUCUCUGACCUGGUGGAGGCGACAGGAGGAGGAGGAGGAGAUGAGGAAGGAGGCGUGGAGCUCACCUCCUCCUCCUCCUCCUCCUCCUGCAGGAACCUGUUCAGGGCAGACACCCCCCACGCUCCUCAGGCCGAGCCGCUCCUCACCUCCUCCAUCACUGAGGUGGACAAACUGACUGAACUGCUGCUGAAGUCCAACAUCCAGAAGUACAACCAGGAGCUCAGCAACGGAGACUCUGGUUCUCUGAACGGCUCGUUUGAGUUGAACAGCUCCUCGAAGGACCGAAACGGCAACCAGCUGCAGGAACGAACCCUCAACGAGGAAGUGCGUCGGCGUUUGGUCGGUCUGAGCACGCAGCUUCACGCCCUGCAGGCUGCUGUAAUUCGUCAGGAUUCGAUCCUGGAGCUGUCAAUCCGAACAGACUCCGCCCCUUUGUCGACGGCGGGCGUCGCCCCCGGGCCCCGCCUCACCCGGUCGAUGUCACGUGACACGGGGCUGGACGCCAGCGGGGAGGCGCUGCUGCUGCGGCGGCAGGUGGAGCUGUUGCAGGAGGAAGUGACACGGCUGCGGAGGAGGGGGGAGGAGCCAACAAAAGAGGGGGCGGAGCCAGGAAGCAAGAAGAGGAGCAAUGGAGAGAUCAGUCAUGUCAACAAGGGAGAACAGCAGGGGAGCAGGAGGCGGGGCAGCAAGGAGUUGGAGCCCCGCCCUCUCGCACCAUUGGCCAGCCAGGAUCCCGUCGACCAAUUAGACGGCGUCGAGGAAGGAAACGGGGAGGAAGUGAUCAGGAACUCUCCUCGCUCUGACAGCCCUAGAGACCUGCAGGACAUCCCAGAGGAGAGCGAGUGUGGAGCUGAUCCUAGUUAACGUCACACCUGUAGCUCACGACCUCAGGGACCUGCUGAUGUCACCGUGACGUCAUGUGACGUCACUGUCAGACUUUUAUUGUGCAAGCUGGAGAUGAUGUCAUUUCCUGUCUUACAGAAGCCUUUUUUAGACCAAAUGGGACUUCUGGUCGCAGCUGUCGUACUUUUGCUCUUGAAGUGUUUUCUGAAUGUUGCUGUUAGGUUAGAAACAGGAAGUAUAACCAUGUGACCUGUUUACAUCAUCACAUCAGCUGUAGCCCCGCCCAGACAUGUUGAAGUGGGCGGGGCCUCUUAUUGGGAGGGUGGGGUUUAUACCGUGUCAUAGGACUUGUUUUUUCUAUCAUUGAGACUCAAAGAUGAGACGCAUUGUGGUCACCACACUACAUUACCCAGAAUGCCUUUGGAUAUCAACAACUUGAGUCACACCUGUUGUGCUCAGUUGGAUUAUCAUGUUUCUUCUUGUGAGAAUCAAACAGUGUAAACUGUAUUUAUAUAGUAAUUUAAAGCUAAACGUAGUUUAAUAUUAGAAACCAUUACUGUCAAAUAGUCCAAGAGACUCAAAUCUGUUUCUGUCCUUUGUGAAACCAAAAAAAAAA